AUGGAGUAUCUGAACGAAAGAGUGCUCACGGUUACGCCGCAACGUGCAGCGAGGAUCCUUGUAACGCAAACGCAAGCUCACUUCGUCAUUUUGCGAGCUCUCAAAUUAGCCGAUUCUGUUUCACGCAGUCUACGUUGCGUUUGGAGCAGAUCCAUGUUCACUCGGGCUGAAGCGGUCGGAGUUGUCAAGCACACGUGGGCCGGUUCUUUUGUGAGGAGGACAGAUAGGCUAAAUGAACGUAAGGAUUUAUCCCAAGAGAUGCUGAACGCAUUCGCCGGAGACGAACAACGAGGAGGACCGACGUGUUUGCAACACGGAUGGACCAGCUGGGUAUGGCCUCGAGAGGACUCGUCACCGUCACUCACGAAGAUUUAUGCCCAGGUGGUAUUCGAAAACUGCACUAUAAGUUUACCGAAUCAAUACGAGCUCACAAGACUUGUUCCGAACGUAUGCGUGUUGCGGUUCAUCCGUUUUAACUUAUUCACAACUACCGAGAAUGAAAUCGUAUCUGAUCUAGGCGAUGAUGUGCUUCAACUUUCGCAGCCGACUCAAGAUGAAAACAAAAUAUUCGCGAAGAAGAGAAAAAUGCAGCUGGACGCAUGUUCGAUUAAGUCCGAGCCAUGCGACGAUGACGUGAAGUCGGUCUGCCCGAGCGGUGAGCUGAAACUCGACUGCCAAUUCUGUGGGACGUCAUUCGAAUCGAUAUCUGAACUCCAAACACACACUCUUCGUGACCAUCUGCCGGUGCCGGUGCCGUCACUGGAGUGCCAGCACUGCUGCGCGGUGCUGCCCUCGUUCGCCGCCUUUGUGCUUCACAUGCGAGGUCAUCUGAGUGAUCGCGAUGAAUCCAAAUGUCCUCGCUGUCCGUUGUCUUUCAGUGAUGCUCAGGCUCGCCUCUCUCACGUGAUAUCGCACUUCGAAGUCCGCAAACCAUUACGUUUUUGUAUGGAAUGCGGAGUCUCCUUCAGCGACAGCCUAUCCCUGGGGCAACAUUUCAUGGAGCUACACCUCAAACUGCAACAUCUCUGCACUGUAUGUGGGCAGAGCUGCGAAACCCAAAAAGAAUUCACGGAACACGUGCUGAAUCACUCAAAUGAGGCGACAUCGCUAGAAUGCGGCACUUGUCGGGUUGCGUUCGAAAGUAGGGAGUUAUUAGCUAUGCACGUGCAGCUCGUGCAUGACAGAGAGCAGCCUUUUGAUAAGACGGAAUCUGCCGCCACUAUGCUACGAAACGGAGCGUUGCUGAGCCCAACAAUCCAGAAAGAGAUCCGAAUACUUCACUGUUCCGUUUGUGAUGAGAAAUGUUACGGUGAAGAUGCACUGGACGAGCAUAGGCUCUUCAGUCACUGCAAGGUCCCUCGUUCGGAUGCAUGUGCCGCAUGUCAAGCACCGCUGCUAACAGCCGAAGAUUUUGAGAAGCACACUAGAAUGCACACUGCCGAUCUGUACAUGCACUGUGCUGUAUGUCGGCAGUCUAUACGUAGUGAGACGCAAUUAUCUUUGCAUUGUCAAUUCCACAUGGAAAGAAGAACUGAUGGUGAAGAUAGUGAACAAACAUGCGGAAUAUGUGGAAAGGUGCUUGUGAAUCGCUACCAGCUGAAUGUGCAUUUGAUGGAGCACGAUGAGCGAAGAUGCUGUCCUCACUGUCUCCGUCCAUUUGCGCUCGCCCAACAUCUUCUUACGCAUGUCUCAGAGGAGCAUGGAGAGGACCAGCCAUUACACUCAUGCGAAAUUUGUGAGGAGAAUUUCCGAUUUGCGGUUCAGCUUGAGAACCACGUUCUGAAACAUGCGGCUGAGACAAAAAGCAGGUGUUCUCCUCGCCAUCUGCCCUACUCUCACACAGUAGGUCCCAUACGGAAUCGCAGAGACGUUGCCCGUUAUGUGGACUUUCGUUCAACACUGCUAGCCGUUUCGAGAACCAUGUACGGAAGCACGCAAGCACGACCAACUGCGUCUGCCAAAUCUGCGGCGAUGGAUUCGCGAGCAGGGACGUCCUUGAUCUUCACAUGCAGGUGCACAAAGGAAAUCUCGAACUUGGAGCACACAACCUGUUAUCGUAGCUUUUUCUGGACAUAUCAAGUGUUUAAUGCGGGCUUUAAUCCUGAAGAUCAAGAGGUCCUAGAUGAUUCAGCUGAUAAUGUUUCUAUGAGCAGAAUAAAUAUAUUCAAACAACCGCCUCCGUCAGAGUACAAGUGUGAAAAUUCAUGA